AUGGGGACCGGACCCGGCGUCUCCGGGCGCCGAGCGGCGUCCAGACUCGGCCCCGGGCUGCCCUCCCCAGACUCCGAGCCCUGCUGGGCCGGGGGUCGCUCCCGCGGCGAAGGCCAGGUAUGUCAUCACGCUGACUGCCAGCAGCUGCACCGUCGGGGGCCCCUCAACCUCUGUGAGGCCUGUGACAGCAAGUUCCACAGCACUGCAUAUUAUGACGGGCACAUUCGCUUUGACUUGCCCCCCCAAGGGUCUGUUCUGGCCCGGAAUGUGUCCACCCGGUCGUGUCCCCCUCGUACCAGCCCUGCAGUGGACCUGGAAGAGGAGGAGGAAAGCUGUGUGGAUGGCAAAGGGGACCGGAAGAGUACAGGCCUGAAACUCUCCAAGAAGAAAGCAAGGAGGAGACACACCGAUGACCCAAGCAAGGAGUGCUUCACCUUGAAAUUUGACCUGAAUGUGGACAUUGAGACAGAGAUUGUACCAGCCAUGAAGAAGAAAUCACUGGGGGAGGUGCUGCUGCCUGUGUUUGAAAGGAAGGGCAUCUCACUGAGCAAGGUGGAUAUCUACCUGGACCAGUCCAACACACCCCUGUCUCUCACCUUUGAGGCCUACAGGUUCGGAGGACACUACCUGCGGGUCAAAGCCAAGCCAGGGGACGAAGGCAAAGUGGAGCUGGGAGUGAAGGACUCUAAGUGCCUGAGUUUGCCAAUCCUGCGGCCAGCUGGGGCUGGGCCCCCUGUGUUGGAGCGUGUGGACCCUCAGUGCCGCCGGGAGAGUCUCGACAUCUUGGCCCCUGGCCGCCGACGAAAGAACAUGUCAGAGUUCCUGGGGGAGGCGAGCAUCCCGGGGCAGGAGCCCCCCACACCUUCCAGCUGCUCUCUGCCCAGUGGUAACAGUGGUGGUACCAGCAGUGGAGGCAACGACAGCUGGAAGAAUCGGGCAGCCAGUCGCUUCAGUGGCUUCUUCAGCUCAAGCCCCAGCACCAAUGCCUUUGGCCGGGAGGUAGACAAGAUGGAGCAGCUGGAGGGCAAGCUACAUGUCUACAGUCUCUUUGGGCUGCCCCGGCUGCCCCGGAGGCUACGCUUUGACCACGACUCCUGGGAGGAGGAAGAAGAGGAUGAAGAUGAGGAUGAGGACACCGGCUACCUGAAGCUGGAGGACAGUUGGCGGGAGCUCAUUGAUGGUCAUGAGAAGCUGACCCGGCGGCAGUGCCACCAGCAGGAGGCGGUAUGGGAGCUCCUGCACACAGAGGCCUCCUACAUCAGGAAACUUGGGGUGAUCACCAAUCUGUUCCUGUGCUGCCUCCUCAACCUGCAAGAGUCGGGGCUACUGUGCGAGGUGGAGGCGGAGCGCCUGUUCAGCAACAUCCCCGAGAUCGCGCGGCUGCACCGCGGGCUGUGGGGCAGCGUGAUGGCGCCGGUGCUGGAGAAGGCCCGGCGCACGCGGGCGCUGCUGCAGCCCGGGGACUUCCUCAGAUGCUUCAAAAUGUUCGGCUCCCUCUUCAAGCCCUACGUCCGGUACUGCAUGGAGGAGGAGGGCUGCAUGGAGUACAUGCGCGGCCUGCUGCGCGACAACGACCUGUUCCGCGCCUAUGUCACGUGGGCGGAGAAGCACCAGCAAUGCCAGAGGCUGAAGUUGAGCGACAUGCUGGCCAAGCCCCAUCAGCGGCUCACCAAAUACCCGCUACUGCUCAAGUCUGUGCUGAGAAAGACUGACGAGCCGCGUGCCAAGGAGGCCGUGGUCACCAUGAUCAACUCGGUGGAACGCUUCAUUCACCAUGUGAACGCAUGCAUGCGGCAGCGACAGGAGCGGCAGCGGCUGGCCGCCGUGGUGAGCCGAAUUGACGCCUAUGAGGUAGUAGAGGGCAGCAACGACGAGGUGGACAAGCUCUUGAAGGAAUUUCUGCAUCUGGACUUGAUGGCCCCCAUCCCUGGUGCCUCCCCAGAGGAGACACGACAGCUGCUGCUGGAGGGGAGCCUGAGGAUGAAGGAGGGGAAGGACAGCAAGAUGGAUGUGUACUGCUUCCUCUUCACUGAUCUGCUUUUGGUGACCAAAGCUGUGAAGAAGGCAGAGAGGACCAAGGUCAUCAGGCCACCACUGCUAGUGGACAAGACUGUGUGCCGGGAGCUUCGGGACCCUGGUUCCUUCCUUCUCAUCUACCUGAAUGAGUUCCACAGUGCCGUGGGAGCUUACACAUUCCAGGCCAGUGGCCAGGCCUUGUGCCGUGGCUGGGUGGAUGCCAUUUACAAUGCCCAGAACCAGCUGCAGCAGCUGCGUACACAGGAGCACCCAGGUAGCCAGCAGCACCUGCAGAGCCUGGAAGAGGAAGAAGAUGAACAAGAAGAGGAAGAGGAGGAUGAGGAGGAAGGUGAGGAGAGCAGCACCUCAGGGGCCAGCUCUCCCACCAUCCUGCGCAAGAGCAGCGACAGCCUUGACUCCCAGCACUGUGCCUCUGACGGUUCCACAGAGACCCUGGCCAUGGUUGUGGUGGAUCCUGGGGAGACGGUCUCCUCCCCUGAGCUUGACCGUGGCCCCUUCAGCUCCCAAUCAGACGAGACCUCUCUGAGUACCACUGCCUCAUCUAUCACGCCCACCAGUGAGCUGUUGCCCCUGGGCCCAGUGGAUGGGCGCUCCUGUUCCAUGGACUCUGCCUAUGGCACCCUGUCGCCCACUUCUCUGCAAGACUUUGUGGCCCCAGCCCCUGUAGCUGAGCCGGUGUCCCGGCCCCCAGAGUUAUCACAAACCCCUUCAUCUCCACCCUCACCUCGACUCCGCCGCUGCACCCCUGUCCAGCUGCUGCCUCGCCUGCCCCACCUGCUCAAAUCCAAAUCUGAGGCGAGCCUCCUCCAGCUGCUGUCGGGGGCUGCCACCCAUGGAAUGUCGCCAGCUCCCAGCCGCAGCCUCUCAGAACUCUGUCUGGCUGCUACAGCCCCUGGUGUUAGGACUCAAGAUUCCUCUCAGGAAGCUGGGCCUGGCUGGGAUUGCCCAGGAGCACCUAGCGCUGGCAAUGGCUCUGAGCCAUCAGAGCCCGAGGGCAGAGCCAGCAGCCUGGCUGGAGAACCUACAUUCCCUGCAAGGAGGAGAUGCAAAGAGCUGCCCUCUGGGGCUUCUCCCAGGGUUCAGCCUGAGCCCCCCCCAGGGAUCUCUGCCCAGCACAGGAAGCUAACUCUGGCCCAGCUCUAUCGAAUCAGGACCACCCUGCUGCUUAACUCCACACUUACUGCCUCGGAGGUCUGAGCAGAAGGAGACUUCCCAGGGUGCCGCUGACCAAGGGACAGCUGACAGGAUUUCUCCUGGGGUGUGUGGCACCUAUUUCAGCUGCUGCAUCAUGUGCAUGAACCAGAGUGCCAGGCAGGAUGCCUGCCUCCCACCCCAGGGCCGAUUUGCACUUUGCCAAACUGGAUGGAACGGAGAAGGGCUCAGUAGAGCCCCGGGCCCAGCCUACAGUGCAUCCCCUCCUUGCCUAGGCAGUCCCUUGUGCCCUGCUCCUGAAGCUACCAGCUCUAAUGGUCUGGACUGGGCUCCGAGGGUGCCCUUCCCACCAACACCCUUAUCUGGCCUCAAAUAGGAUGAACCCUAUCCCCCAGCCCCCUCCCUCCUGGUCUGCUAACCACCCUAGGUUUGGGUUGGGCUGUGUAGAGCUGUGUAUUUAUUGAGCUUUGAUUCUUUUUAUAAAGACUUGUGUUUGCUCCCCUGGAGCCCACCUUCUUCUCUGCUCAGGUGCACUGGGGCUCCUGGGCUGUUCUCUGUUCUGUGCUGCUCCAGCUGCAGUGGGGACAGAUGUAAGACACUGUGGAAAGCUGCCAUGCAGUAAUAGGGUGGGGGUGUCUCAGGGCCAACACCCUAGACCAAGCCUGUUUCCUGCCACAGCCAUCAGAGCCCUUACGGGAUGGCUUAGAGCUCUGUCCUUGCCACCCCCCGCCCUCCCCAA